AUGGCUCCUCGGAGUGAGCGUCCUACGAUCCAACUAACCGCUCUGGUUCUUCCGCGCCAACUCACUGCCUACUCCGGCGCAAGCACGCUCGGCUCCAGGACUUGGCCGCACCUCCAAGGAGUACUACUCGCCGAUCCUGACUACAGUGCUGAGGAUCCAGUAGAUCUCAUCCUAGGCGCCGACGUUUAUGGCGAAAUCCUCUUGCCUGGCCUACGGAAGGGUACUCGUCACGAACCUGUAGUGCAAAACACAAAAUUAGGAUGGAUACUCUCCGGCGCUGCCGAAAGCGGACCUUCCCCCGCAACAAUGCGCUCUCACCAAUGCCAAGUGGAUGACGACCUCUCCGCGAUGGUGCGACGCCUGUGGGAACAGGAGGAGCUUCCACCCGCUACAUCUGCUCUCUCCAAGGCUGAGGUCGAGUGCGAGGACCACUACGUCCGCACUCACUUUCGGAAGCCCGACGGUCGGUAUGGUGUGCGGCUGCCUCUAGCAACAUCAAUGCCCGAUCUCUCCGGAACUCGUCGCAUAGCUCUUCGCGCUCUGAAACGAAUGGAAAGUCGCUUCAUUAAGGAUCCCGCCUUCUACUCUCUUUAUCGAGAAUUCAUGCAGCAGUACAUGGAGCUCGACCACAUGCUGCCGGUACAAACUCCAGCGAACGGCACGACAGUCUGCUAUUUACCUCAUCACGGGGUCCUGCGGGAAUCUAGCGUCAUGACCAAGCUCCGCGUAGUCUUUAAUGGCUCAGCGAUCGUGACAACGGGCUCUUCUCUCAAUCAACAUCUUCACUGCGGACCCAACCUGCUGCCGACUUUAGCUGACGUGCUCCUUCGAUGGCGUCGCCAUCGCUACGUCCUCGCCACGGACGUUGAAAAGAUGUACCGGCAGAUCGAAGUCCAUCAACAAGACAGAGAUCUGCAAAGAAUACUGUGGCGAUCAAGCCCUAAGGAAAACAUCCAGGAGUACCAAUUAAAAACGGUAACUUACGGCCUCUCCUGCGCACCAUUUCUGGCGAUCCGCACGCUGCACCAGCUUGCCCACGAUGAGAAGUCGAGCUACCCGCUCGGCGCCACUGCCCUUCUCAAGGAUAUUUAUAUGGACGACGUCCUCACAGGCACGUCUACGAUCAAAGAAGCCAAGGAACUUCUCCGACAGCUGACCGGAAUCUGCAGGGCGGGCGGUUUCCCGCUUAAAAAAUGGUCCGCCAACGAUGCCGCUCUACUCAGCGAUGUACCCUGCGAGGACCGGCUGCUACGUGAACCGCGGUGGUGGCAACCCGGGGAAAGUCACUCUACUCUGGGCUUGCUUUGGCACUCUCACGAGGACUACUUUGCCUUUUCAGCAGCGUUUACUCAGCCGGACGUCCUCUCAAAACGCACCGUCCUCUCCUUGACAGCCAGAUUGUUUGACCCGUUGGGAUGGCUCUCCCCCGUGACGGUACGGGCAAAAAUCUGGAUCCAAGCCGCCUGGUUGCGAGGCGUCGAGUGGGAUGACCCCUUACCCGAGGAUGACGCCCAUCAAUGGAGAGGCUGGCAGUCGGAGCUCCCACACCUAGGAGACAUCCGGAUUCCUCGCUGGUUAAAGUCUGAGCCGACUGACAGUAAUCCGGAAAUUCAUGGCUUUGCCGACGCUUCGGAGAAGGCUUUCGCCGCCGUAGUAUACCUGCUAACACGAGACAAAAACAAUCAAGUCCAGGUAUCUCUUCUCUCAGCUAAAACUAAAGUCGCUCCUCUUAAGCAGGUUAGCUUACCUCGGUUGGAGUUGUGCGCCGCUACUCUGCUGACACGGCUCGUCGCGCACAUCCGACUUGCUCUGGACGCCUUGGCCACUCCGACACAUUUGUGGACCGACUCAACCGUCGUCUUAGGAUGGAUCCGAGGCCACCCAGCAUCCUGGAAGACCUACGUGGCUAACAGGGUCAGCGAGAUCCAGACCACGUUACCCGACGUCGCAUGGCAUCACACUCCUGGAGUAGACAACCCAGCCGACUGUGCUUCCCGAGGCCUGUCUCCCUCGGAGCUGAAAGGCCAUCCACUCUGGUGGAACGGCCCGCGCUGGUUGCAAGGAGAUCCGGAACAAUGGCCGCUCGGCCCUGUUAGCACCCACGGCGUCGACCUGCCUGAGCGGCGUCUCGGCGUACAUCAAACUACUGCGGCCGAUGAUUCGAUCGAUGAACCGGAGCUUCUGACGCAAUACUCCGAGCUCCACCACCUAGUGAGGAUCACCGCCUGGUGCCGCCGUUGGUUACGCCUUAGGAAGACCAAGGGCAUUGAGCCGGGAGGCAGUAGCAACCUCCCAGCGCCCGUACUGCUACCUUCCGAACUGGAUGAGGCGUUGGCUGGCUGGAUUCGGGUGGUCCAAGCGAUCAACUUUAAGAAGGAGUUAAAGUUCGUGCAAAGAGCCGUUCCACUUCCGAAAAAAAGCCCGCUAGCCAAGCUAGGACCUUUUCUAGACAGCAAGGGUAUUCUUCGCGUCGGCGGACGGCUGAGCAAUGCGGCGAUGACACGCGAGGCGAAGCACCCGACCUUACUACCAAGCGCCUCCCAUCUGACGCAGCUGCUGAUCAAGGCCACCCACCUGCGGACACUGCAUGGAGGAGUGCAGCUUACCCUGGCCGCCCUGCGCCAGGAGUACUGGGUGUUACGCGGGAGAGCUUUAGUGAAGAGCUUUAUUCAUCGCUGUCUGCCGUGCGUGCGAUGGCGGGCGGCUACCCCUCAACCACCAAUGGGUAACUUGCCUGCUCCCAGAGUCAUACCAUCACGGCCGUUUCUGCACACUGGCGUAGACUACGCUGGACCUGUCUGGUUACGCACCUCCAAGGGCCGAGGUCAUCGUGCGUAUAAGUCCUUCCUAGUAAUCUUUGUCUGUCUUAGUUGCCGCGCGGUCCACCUUGACGUCGCUUCCGACUAUACCUCCGAUGCCUUCUUGGGCGCUCUACGUCGGUUCAUCAGCCGUCGCGGCCUAUGUAAAGUCCUCUACAGUGACCGCGGAACGAACUUUGUAGGCGCCGAUAAUGAACUUCGAGCGCUUUUUUCCGCCAACAGCAAAGAAGGACGACAAAUCCGCACUCGCCUAGCAGAUGAAAGAAUCGAGUGGUGCUUUAAUCCGCCAGCCGCUCCUCACUUCGGCGGUCUCUGGGAAGCAGCCGUCAAAUCGGUGAAGCAUCACCUUCGCCGUGUGAUCGGAGACGCCAAAUUAACCUACGAGGAGAUGGCCACACUUCUAGCACAGAUUGAAUCCUGCCUAAACUCUCGCCCACUUCAAGCCAUGUCGGACGACCCAGAGGACCUAGAGGCGCUGACCCCUGGCCAUUUCCUCGUAGGCACGGCGCUCAACGCCAUCCCGACGUCACCACUGACGGAAGGGCCUAAGUCGCUACUCACCAGGUGGAAGCUGCUUGGUCAAAUGCGAGACAGCUUCUGGACCCGAUGGACACGAGAAUAUCUCCACUCUCUAACACAUCGACCGAAGUGGUACAAGGCCGACGAGGAAGUCCGCAUCGGCCGCCUUUGUCUGCUCCGUUGCGAAGUCUCACCUCCCAACAAAUGGCCCCUAGCCAGAAUCGAAAGCGUCUACCCCGGGGGAGACGGACACACUCGAGUCGUCCGCGUUCGCACUUCCACCGGAAACCUAACGCGACCUGUAACAAAAUUAGUGCUCCUCCCUGUCAGCUCCGGCGCCAGAGAAGACGGCGAAUCUUAA